ACAGUUUAAAUUUAAAAUUUUAUCACUGCACAUGGUGCAUGAAAACACCUAGUAAGUUGUAGUUGCUUUUCUGUUGAACACCAGGCUUCGUUCCAGACGCUCGUGUCUUUGCCAUUUCCUAUGGUUUUGCUGGUGUUUUCCAUAAUCAGGUCACGUCCACACAAGAUGCUUCUCCAGCCAUGGGAGCAAGAGUUCGACGCUUUGACUUGCAAGAAAGGUUCGUACCGGCAGUAUUUUCCCAUCAGAACCCUUGAAAGGAGACAUUCAGGUUUCUUCAGGAUGCGCCAUCCUUGUUUGGCUAAGAGCGCGUCAUUAAAGGAUUCGAUGUCUCGGAAACCCAUGCCGCUUUCAUUCUUUGGCUUUGUGAGACUUGACCAAGCUAUCCAGCACAUCUUCUUCUUUUCGGGGCUGUCAUCCCACCAGAACAGAGUUAAGGCUGAUUGGAUUCGCUUCGUUAAACUCUUUGGGAGUUUGAAGCACAGCAUGGAAUGAGAGGGUGUCGCUGACAAGACUGACUGAAGCAUCACUAGCUUUCCUCCUGUAGAUAGUUGCCGGGUGCUCCAGCUGGCUGCCUUUUGCCGGAUGCGGUCAACUAUCGAGGUAAACAUAUCUUUUUUCCGUCUAUCGAAGUGCUCAGGCAGGCCUAGAUACUUUCCCACUCCGCCUUCUCUAGAGAUUUCCAAGCUGUUCUUGACCCUGAUACGGAAUGACUAUAUUUUUCUUAACUUUGAAAACAAAUUAUUUUUUAUACCUGGAUUUAAAUAUUACAAUAUUUAGACAAAUAUAUGAAAUCGGGAUAGGGAUAUACUCAAGUCACAGACUACACCAGUAUCCUAGCUACCUUACAGAUCCAUAAUUUGACCCGACCCGCCAAGAAAACACGACUCAGGAAAUUUACAAUUCUUUUCCGAGAAAUUAUAUAAAUAAAAAUCAAAACUUUCUUGCCGGGCAAGUUGGGUCUUCCUUUAGAAAAGGGCUAAAAGCCUAAAAGCUAAAACACCUCUUAUAUGAUUCUCUCAUGAGCAGCAAAAGCAGCAACUCGAGGACUCUGUUGCAACAGGGCAUGGUGUUUCCUUUAGUGAAGCUAGGAUCCCUAGCGCUACGAACCAUCUGCAAACCCAUCGCUAACCGCCUCAAGAAACAAGCCGGAAUCAACCCUGGGUUCCGUCAAUUCAUCGUCAACAUUGCCCAGGCUAAUCAUAGGUUUACGACAAAGUUGCAAAGACAGGCUUCUGGUCGUGUAACUGAUGCGAUUAUUAGGCCUUUGAACGAAGAGAGAGCUGUUCAGGCCGCUGCUGAUCUUCUUGGGGAAAUCUUUGCCUUCACGGUUGCAGGGGCUGCUCUUGUCUAUGAGGUGCAGAGAAACGCCAGAGGAGAAGCUAGAAAAGAAGAAAAGCGCCAAGAAGAACUACAGGAAUUCAGGCUCAGACAUAAGAAGAUGGAGAACGAAGUGGAAGAGAUGAAUCAAAGGAUCUCCAUGAUCUCUGAAGCUCUUUCUAAACAACAACUCGCUGAAGAAGAAGCUCUUUCUAAACAAAGAGCUCUAGCUGCGCAAGAGCUUUCUAAACAAAGAAAGCCUGCAGAAGAUGUUUCUAAACCAAGAGGAUUCGCUUGGCUCUACAGCUUUGUUUAUUGUGGGAGUGCUCCUGAGAAGGGGAGCUGAAGACGAAAAACCCUUGGCUCUUCAGCUUUGCUUGUAAUAUAGUUUCUGUCUUAAUUUCUGAUAUAACCAGAUUAGUUAAUUGCAGAAGAGAAGAGACGUGUGUUUUGUUCAGGCUUCCAACAACUAUUUCAUAAACCCAAAUUCUUAGUCCAGAAGAUGUCCUUGAUUAUGACUUGUUCAAUAACUUUUUUUCUCACUAUGAAGACCUUAAUAUACAAUUCAAUAUCAAAAUUGUUGUAUAUUUUUCUUUUAUUUAUUUUUUAAAACGGAGUUAUUGGUUUAUUGA